GUUGCAGCGGUGCUAUCCCAGUUCGUUGCGUCGUCUUCGAGUCGACUCGUGUCCUCGCCAGAUUCUUCUAAUCUUCUCCACUGUUUUGAUCGAAUAAGCUUCCCUUUUCCUUCUACCGUCGUCUCGCUGCUUUGAUUCGCGUUCCUCUGCGCCAGCGAUGCCGCCCACCUCGCUUUCUUCUCCCGGCGCUUCCGCCAGCUCAUCGACGGCCGCCGAGAGUCUGCGGAACAGCCGGAUCCUUGCCAGCAAGCUCUAUUUGGACGUGCCCGCCUCAAAGGUGCCACUCGUCUACUCGUCUUCCUACAACAUCGCGUUUUUUGGAAUCGAGAAACUGCAUCCGUUUGAUUCUUCUAAAUGGGGCCGGAUUUGCCAAUUCUUAAUUAAAGAAGGUUACUUAGUCAUGAAUAAAACUGUAGAACCACUAGAAGCUUCAGAAGAAGACCUAUUGGUGGUGCACUCAGAAACGUAUUUGAGCAGUCUAAAAAGUAGUUUGACUGUUGCCACUAUUACUGAGCUUGCCCCUGUUGCAAUGCUGCCUAACUGCAUCUUGCAGAAAAAGGUGCUUCACCCAUUUCGCAUGCAGGUGGGAGGUUCCAUUGUAGCAGCGAAACUUGCUAAAGAGCGAGGUUGGGCUAUCAAUAUUGGUGGUGGUUUCCAUCAUUGUUCAGCAGAAAAAGGAGGCGGCUUUUGUGCAUAUGCUGACAUUUCUCUUUGCAUUCACUUUGCCUUUGUUCGUUUGAAUAUUACUAGAGUGAUGAUUAUUGAUCUUGAUGCCCACCAAGGAAAUGGCCAUGAAAUAGACUUCUCAAAUGACAGAAGGGUCUAUAUUUUGGACAUGUACAAUGCUGGUAUUUAUCCAUUUGAUUUUGAGGCUAAGAGAUACAUUGAUCAUAAAGUUGAAUUAGUCAGUGGUACUAAAACAAAGGAAUAUCUGGAUAAGCUGGAUGAAGCUCUCGAGGUUGCAAGAAACAACUUCAAUCCUGAACUGGUGGUGUAUAAUGCUGGCACUGAUGUCCUAGAUGGUGAUCCUUUGGGCAGAUUGAAGGUUAGUCCCGAUGGCGUGAUGACUAGAGACGAGAAGGUUUUCAGGUUUGCUAGAGAAAGAAAUAUACCACUUCUCAUGCUCACUUCAGGUGGAUACAUGAAGUCGAGUGCCCGAGUGAUAGCAGAUUCAAUCAAAAACCUUGCCAAAAAAAACUUGAUAACUCUGGAUCAACAUCUUGUUAAAAAUUCUUGAGAUCCAAACGAAUAUGUGUAGAGUAUGCAAUCAUCAUCACAUAUGCAUGUAUAAAGUGAAAACAUUGUAUCACAUCUAUACAACUUUAGAAGUACUUUUCCUGCUAAAGAAAUCGGAAUUUUAAUGGUA